UCCCCAAAAUCCGACUAGUCUCUAGUCUCCCACUCUCCCGUGCUGAGAAGAGAAAUUGAAACCAAACUACGCAGCAGCUAGGGUUUCUCCCGGACUGAACGAGCUAGACCCCAUUCUCCGGCGGCGGAGCGGCGCGGCAGACCAGAGACAGGUCCUCAUGGAAACGGCCACCCUCGACCACCGGCGUAGUGUGCUGCCGCGGCCACAUUGCGUCGAGGAAAUGGAGUCGCUGCCGAUCCCCGACGAGCUGCUGCCGGAGAUCUUCCUCCGCCUGCCCUCCCCUGCCGACCUCGCCCGCGCCUCCGCCGCCUGCGUAUCCUUCCGCCGCGUCGCCGCCGACCGCGCCUUCCUCCGGCGGUACCGCAAGCUCCACGCCCCACCCCUCCUCGGCUUCCUCGAUAGCAAGGUCUUCCAUUCCGCCGCCCCGCCGCACCACUCCGCGCCGGCAGCCAGCGCGGCCGCCCUCGCCGCCGACUUCUCCUUCUCCUUCCUCCGAGCCCCCGCCUUCGACUGGGCCGUCCAGGACGUCUGCGACGGCCGUGUCCUCCUCGACAGACCCAGCCAGCGCGACAUCGAUGAGGAGCGCCGAUACGAAGUCGUCUUCCCGGAGAUGGUGGUGUGCGACCCCUUGCAUCGGCGGUACCUUCUGCUUCCCCCGAUUCCUGACGACCUAGCCGCUUCGGUGGAGCACCCACUUUGGAAAAAACGGCAUCGUUACUGCGAGACCUUCCUAGUUCCAUCUGAGGACGAGGACGACGAGACGUCAUUCAACGUGAUCUGGAUGGUGCAGUGUGCAACGAAGGUGGUCGCCUUGGCCUUCUCAUCCAGCACCGGGCAAUGGCGAGCUGUUUCAUCCCAGAGUUGGAGCAAUUUGUUUGCUGGCUUGCUAUCGUCCACAGGGCACAUUCUCUUCAGAUGCCGCCAAUACGCCUAUGGCUGUUUCUACUGGGUGACGGACUGCAGGGAAUACUUGCUGGUUCUCGACACCUGGAGGAUGGAGUUCUCCCUUGCUUACCCACCAACCGAAGCAAGAGGAGAUUGUAAUAUUGAUAUAGGCAUCGUGGAGACGGGGGAAGGCGGGCUUGGGAUGUUUCUGCAUGCACGGAUGUCAUCUGACCUCACUUAUUACACUCUUAGGCAAGGGAUUGGUGGGAGUUCCAGCAAGUGGCACAAGGAGAAGACAGUUUCACUGGGCUCUAAGUACAUGUUCAUAGGUUCAACGGGAAGCUACUUGGUCCUGCAUCAGGGGGGAAGUUACGCGCUCGAGAGAGGCUGUUUGACACUGGAUGUCAAAAUGUUCCAGCUCGAGAGAGUGUGCGCUUUGAAGUAUUUCAUGUCUACGGCGCUCGCAUAUUGCAACUUUCCGCCAUCAUUGCUGUCGACACCAAGAGUAUCAAGUGGUACUCAGGAAGCCGUUGAGGAGGCGAUACUGGAAGAAAGCGCAGUGGCAAGUGCGCUGCAAGUUGAAGAGCCUUUUUAUAGGCAUCACGACGACACUACUUCUGUUGAUGAUGCGGAUGCUGGACAUCAGGCUGGCGUGUCGACGACUGGAGAUGGUGCUGAUUGAGGCUGUUCUUCUGUAGUAUGGGGUGUCUGGCCUUUGUUUGGUAGUAGUAUGGUCAUAGAAUGAUAAAACCUGUAGAGUUUGUGUGUGUGCACAAUCAGUCAGUUGGAUAGAUUAAGACUGUGUAACAGACUAACAGCCAAAGUUGGCCUUCUGUAGCGCCUCCAAGGCUAUGAUCAUUUCUUUCUGCAAUACCUGUUUCCUUCUUGUGUUUAAUUUUGUCGGACAUGAAGCGUCCAGUGAGAAAUGAAAUUAUGAGUCCCACUGGCA